AUGGUCCGGCUCCUGUUGGUUUUCUUCCCCGCGAUCUUUUGGGAGAUGUCCCUUCUGCCCAGAAGCCCUGGCAGGAAAGUGUUGCUGGCGGGAGCCUCGUCUCAGCGCUCGGUGGCCAGAAUGGACGGAGAUGUCAUCAUCGGGGCCCUUUUCUCAGUCCACCACCAGCCUCCAGCCGAAAAGGUGCCGGAGAGGAAGUGCGGGGAGAUCCGGGAGCAGUACGGCAUCCAGAGGGUGGAGGCUAUGUUCCACACCUUGGAUAAGAUCAACGCAGACCCAGUCCUCCUGCCCAACAUCACGCUGGGCAGCGAGAUCCGGGACUCCUGCUGGCACUCCUCGGUGGCUCUGGAGCAGAGCAUUGAGUUCAUCAGGGACUCCCUGAUUUCCAUUCGAGAUGAGAAGGAUGGACUCAACCGGUGCCUGCCGGACGGGCAGCCCCUCCCCCCAGGCAGGACUAAGAAGCCCAUUGCGGGUGUAAUCGGCCCGGGCUCCAGCUCUGUAGCCAUUCAAGUGCAGAACCUGCUCCAGCUCUUCGACAUCCCCCAGAUCGCUUAUUCCGCCACGAGUAUCGACCUGAGUGACAAAACUUUGUACAAAUACUUCCUGAGGGUUGUCCCUUCCGACACGUUGCAGGCACGGGCGAUGCUUGAUAUAGUCAAGCGCUACAAUUGGACCUAUGUCUCUGCAGUCCACACGGAAGGGAAUUAUGGGGAGAGUGGAAUGGACGCUUUCAAAGAGCUGGCUGCCCAGGAAGGUCUCUGCAUCGCCCAUUCAGACAAAAUCUACAGCAAUGCUGGGGAGAAGAGCUUCGACCGACUCCUGCGCAAGCUCCGAGAACGGCUCCCCAAGGCGAGAGUGGUGGUCUGCUUCUGCGAAGGCAUGACGGUUCGGGGCCUCCUGAGCGCCAUGCGGCGCCUGGGCGUGGUGGGCGAGUUCUCACUCAUUGGAAGUGAUGGAUGGGCAGAUAGAGAUGAAGUCAUUGAAGGUUAUGAGGUGGAAGCCAACGGGGGAAUCACGAUAAAGCUGCAGUCUCCAGAGGUCAGGUCGUUUGAUGAUUAUUUCCUGAAACUAAGGCUGGACACUAAUACGAGGAAUCCUUGGUUCCCUGAGUUCUGGCAACACCGGUUCCAGUGCCGCCUACCAGGACACCUUCUGGAAAAUCCCAACUUUAAGAAAAUCUGCACAGGAAAUGAAAGCUUAGAAGAAAACUACGUCCAGGACAGUAAGAUGGGCUUUGUCAUCAAUGCCAUCUACGCCAUGGCCCAUGGGCUGCAGAACAUGCACCAUGCCCUGUGCCCCGGCCACGUGGGCCUUUGCGAUGCCAUGAAGCCCAUCGACGGCAGCAAACUCCUGGACUUCCUCAUCAAGUCCACGUUCAUUGGUGUGUCUGGAGAAGAGGUGUGGUUUGAUGAGAAAGGGGACGCUCCCGGAAGGUAUGACAUCAUGAAUCUGCAGUACACUGAAGCUAAUCGUUAUGACUAUGUACACGUGGGAACCUGGCAUGAGGGAGUGUUGAACAUCGAUGACUACAAAAUCCAGAUGAACAAGAGUGGAAUGGUACGGUCUGUGUGCAGCGAGCCUUGCUUAAAGGGUCAAAUCAAGGUCAUACGGAAAGGAGAAGUGAGCUGCUGCUGGAUUUGCACAGCCUGUAAAGAGAAUGAGUAUGUGCAAGACGAGUUCACCUGCAAAGCCUGUGACUUGGGGUGGUGGCCCAAUGCAGAUCUCACAGGCUGUGAACCUAUCCCCGUCCGCUACCUGGAGUGGAGCAAUAUAGAAUCCAUCAUAGCCAUCGCCUUCUCCUGCCUGGGCAUCCUUGUCACCUUGUUUGUCACACUGAUCUUCGUGCUAUACCGGGACACACCAGUGGUCAAAUCUUCCAGUCGAGAGCUCUGCUACAUUAUCCUAGCUGGCAUCUUCCUGGGUUACGUGUGCCCUUUCACUCUCAUUGCCAAACCUACCACCACAUCCUGCUACCUCCAGCGCCUCCUGGUUGGCCUCUCCUCUGCCAUGUGCUACUCUGCUUUAGUGACCAAAACCAAUCGCAUUGCGCGCAUCCUAGCUGGCAGCAAGAAGAAGAUCUGCACCCGGAAGCCCAGGUUCAUGAGUGCCUGGGCCCAGGUGAUCAUUGCCUCAAUUCUGAUUAGCGUGCAGCUCACCCUGGUGGUAACCCUGAUCAUCAUGGAGCCCCCCAUGCCCAUUCUGUCAUACCCAAGUAUCAAGGAAGUCUACCUUAUCUGCAAUACCAGCAACCUGGGUGUGGUGGCCCCUGUGGGCUACAAUGGACUCCUCAUCAUGAGCUGUACCUACUAUGCCUUCAAGACACGCAACGUGCCCGCCAACUUCAAUGAGGCCAAAUAUAUCGCCUUCACCAUGUACACCACCUGCAUCAUCUGGCUGGCUUUUGUGCCCAUUUACUUUGGGAGCAACUACAAGAUCAUCACUACCUGCUUUGCAGUGAGCCUCAGUGUAACGGUGGCCCUGGGGUGCAUGUUCACUCCCAAGAUGUACAUCAUUAUUGCCAAGCCGGAGAGGAACGUCCGCAGUGCCUUCACCACCUCUGAUGUAGUCCGCAUGCACGUCGGCGAUGGCAAGCUGCCCUGCCGCUCCAACACUUUCCUCAACAUUUUCCGAAGAAAGAAACCAGGGGCAGGGAAUGCCAAGAAGAGGCAGCCAGAAUUCUCGCCCACCAGCCAGUGUCCGUCGGCACAUGUGCAGCUUUGA